AUGAAGUUUUGGGAUCACGUUUCUGGCCGUGGUGUGGUGGGGGCAGCGCUUAGCUUGUCGGUCACCACCAUCGGCGCAGGCGUGCUCGUCAUUCCAUCGACUUUCCAGGACGGCGGCAUUUGCUUUGUGGUGGGCAUGCUCGUUUUCGUAGGAGCUAUGACGGUGCUCUCUAUUGACUACUUGAUCCGAUGCAUCGAUUGUCUUCACCUCAAGUCGUACGAGGACAUCUCACGCGAGCUGCUGGGCCGAUGGUUCGAGGAGACAGUGCGGUGGAUUCUCAUCCUCUACAACAUCGGCAUGGCGGCUGGCUACAUCGUCGUCAUUGGUGAGAUCUUCACCCCAAUACUGCCGCUCAUUCAGCCGUAUCUGCCCUUCCUGACAGACAGCUCGCACGUGAUGAUCAUGGCGUGGGCUUUCGUAAUGCUGCCGCUGUCCUGCAUCCCGAAAAUCACAAAGAUGAACUACAUCUCCUUCGUCGCCAUCACGGCCACCUUUCUCAUCUCGACAAUUAUCGUGUACCGCUACUUUGUCCCGUACGAUGGGAAGCACAACCGUGGCAAGGUCACGUAUCUGUCAUUGAAUGAGCGGACGCUUUUGGCUAUGCCCGUGAUGAUGUUCUCGUUCGACUGUCAGUCCCUCGUGUUCCAGAUCUACAACAAUCUGAAAACGGGCACGCGCGCCAAUAUGAUGAGGGUGGCGUCGCUGAGCAUCAGCAUCACCGGCUUGGUGUACUUAGUCGUUGGGCUGUUUGGCUACCUCACCCACACCCCUGACAUCACCGGCAACAUCCUCACAAACUACGACCCUUUCAAGGAUCACCUUUUCAUGUUCGGCGAGGCGGUGUACUCCUUUACAGUGAUGGCCGCCUAUGUCCUCGUUUUGUUCCCCUGCCGCGACGCCUUGUUCAUUUUCUUGUAUGGCCACAACACGGCGACGCACGAGCUGGCGCAUGCGGCCAUCACCACGCGCCAGAAUCUAGUUGCUAGCGUCCUGCUAUCCACCUUGAGCAUCUUUCUGGCCAUGCAAGUCACAGGUAUCGUCGUCGUCAUCGCGCUUCUCGGAGGUCUCUGUAGCAGCACGAUCUGCUUUUCCUACCCGGCUGCGUUUCGCAUCAUGCUCCACAUCAGGGGCCUGGAUCGCUGCAAGCCGAUGGAGCUCGUCACCGCCAUAUGCAUGCUUGUCUUUGGUGUGUUGGGCGGUAUUCUCGGCACUUUCAUCGCCAUUCGGAUGUAA